GUUUAUCAUCCUGCAGUGACAACUGAUACAAACAACAACAAAAUGAACAAGUUAAACGUUUUUGCCUUGUGUUUGGUGCUUUCCGCUGUGGUACUCAGUACGUACGCCAAACCAUUGGUGCCCGAAGAAGUCGAAGAUGAAGAAUACAGAUUAGAUCAUGUCGGUCGCGUAAAACGCGUAACUUGCGACCUUUUGAGUUUGAACAUCAACAUCCUUGGUAACGGUGGACAACUCAACCAUUCAGCUUGUGCGGCUCACUGUUUGUAUUUGAAGAAGAAAGGCGGACAUUGCAAUGCUGAUGGUGUUUGUGUUUGUAGAAAAUAAAUUUAUAGUUGAUUAAUAAAUAUUUAUUGUUUUGUA